CGCCAUUUUUUUGCCGUUACUCUUAAACCCUCUUCUUUAUUCAACAAAACCCUCCCUUCACUCAUCACCAUCUAUGAAAUGAACACACCACUACAAUGAUUCAACUUCACAGAACCUUCUUCUCCACCUCAACCUCAGUUCCUUCCUCUCACACUCUCUCGUUUCGUCACUUCAUGUUGCAGUUCAGGGCGCUGCAGCCUCCGACAUACGCGCUCUCACCACACGCCUCAUCAACCAUCACCGGCACCACCUUCCAAUGUCGUCGAACGUGUGUACUGUUCCCUCGCAGCGUGACCGCAAAGAGGAGUCCCGUCCGUUCUUUCGCAGUGAAGUCCACGGCGUUGUUUGGUGACUAUUUUAGUUUUCCGUUCGCCGCGAACUGCACGACGCCGUUUGACCAUGGGCUCUUCUCGAAGGGAUUCUCGACGAGCGUGGCAGAUAAUGGAAAGCAAGGGAAACGGGUGAAGGCUGUCGUCGUUCGCGGAAAGGAGAAGGACGGGAGUGUAAUAAGCGACGGUGCGAGUGGAAAAGAUGUUGCGAAAACUGCAAAGAAGAAAACCGUGAAGAAGAAACCUUCGCCGAAAAAGAAGGUGUCUGCUGCCAGCAAUUCGGCGCAUGAGGAGUGUGCUGCAGAAGUUUCUGGAAAAUCUACCAAAUUGAAGAGGAAGAAGGUUUCCAAGAAGAGUUCAGUUGACAGUGCAAUUGAAGAAAUAGUGGAUAAUUCUGCCUCUGUGAAGGAUGAGUUGAAUAAGAAAAAGGGGAAUUCUAGUCUUAUUGAAGAGGCGAAACCGUUGUGGAAUUUUACGCACAAGCCAUUGUUUCCUCCCUCUGGAAAGUCUGUGGUGGUUGUGGAGUCUGUAACAAAGGCAAAGGUUAUUAAGGGAUACCUUGGUGAUAUGUAUGAGGUCUUGCCUAGCUAUGGUCAUGUGAGAGACUUGGCAGCCAGGUCUGGGUCCGUUCGACCGGAUGAAGAUUUUAGCAUGGUGUGGGAGGUUCCGGCACCUGCCUGGACUCAUCUGAAGAGCAUCAAGGUUGCUUUGAGCGGAGCAGAAAACCUUAUUCUUGCAUCAGAUCCUGAUCGAGAGGGGGAGGCUAUUGCUUGGCACAUUAUUGAGAUGUUACAACAACAGGGUGCUCUACAUGAUAACAUAUCCUUAGCACGAGUAGUCUUUCAUGAAAUAACUGAAAAAUCUAUAAAAGGUGCCCUACAAACACCGCGACAGAUUGACAUAAAUUUAGUUCAAGCUUACCUUGCUCGGCGGGCUCUUGAUUACUUGAUUGGGUUUAACAUUUCUCCUCUACUAUGGAGGAAGUUACCUGGUUGUCAGUCAGCUGGAAGAGUUCAAUCUGCUGCACUUGCUCUUAUAUGUGAUAGAGAAAUGGAAAUUGAUGAAUUUAAACCGAAGGAAUAUUGGACUGUGGAGGUUCAAUUGAAAAAGAAGGAUUCGGGAUCAAACAAGAACUUUACUUUUCCCGCUCGCUUGACCCAUUUUGAUUCAAAAAAGUUGAAUCAGUUUUCAAUUACUUCUGAUAUUGAGGCAAGACAUAUUCAAAGCAAUAUAAACUCAGCCAAUUUUCAUGUUGUUUGCUUGAAGAAAAGCAAAACUCGAAGAAAUCCUCCAACACCUUACAUAACGUCAACACUUCAGCAAGAUGCUGCAAACAAGUUGCAUUUCACGGCAAGUUACACAAUGAAGCUUGCACAGAAGCUCUACGAAGGAGUUGAACUCUCUGAUGGUGUAGCAGUGGGUCUGAUAACAUACAUAAGAACUGACGGAUUCCAUAUUUCUGACGAAGCUGUUGCUAAUAUACGCUCGCUGAUCAUUGAAAGGUAUGGACAAGAUUUUGCGGCACAAAGUGCUCCGAAAUAUUUUAAAAAGGUGAAAAAUGCACAAGAGGCCCAUGAAGCUAUUAGACCAACCGACAUACGCACGUUGCCAUCAAUGCUUGCUGGGAUACUUGAUGAAGAAUCUUUGAAGCUCUACACACUUAUUUGGUCACGAACAGUUUCAUGUCAAAUGGAACCUGCUGUCAUUGAGCAGAUACAUCUUGAUAUUGGAAAUGGUGAUGAGUCUAUUGUAUUACGUACUACGAGUUCAAUGGUUGAGUUUCCUGGGUAUCAGGCAGUUUAUACGGAUGUUGAAGAUAAAGACCGUGAUGAAUCCAGCCCUGAUCAAACAUUUGGAAUACUAAGUUCUCUCAAGACAGGGGAUCCUCUAUGCGUGGUUCAAACUGAACCUUGUGAGCACCACACACAACCACCACCACGGUACUCUGAAGCAUCAUUGGUUAAGAAGCUUGAGGAGCUAGGGAUUGGAAGGCCAUCAACAUAUGCAUCCACAAUAAAAGUUUUACGGGACAGAAACUAUGUUACAGUAAAAAAUCGAGUUCUGUCUCCGGAAUUUCGUGGACGCAUGGUUUCAGCUUUUCUGUCGCAUCAUUUUUCAGAGGUCACGGACUACAGUUUUACUGCUGAUAUGGAAACUGAGCUUGAUAAUGUUUCCGCUGGGUUGACUGAAUGGAAAGGCCUCCUUAGAGACUAUUGGACACGAUUUAAAUUAUACUGUGAGCGUACUUCGAAUGUUCAUAUUCAUCAGGUUGAGAAAAUGUUGGAAAAAAAGUUUGGCGAUUUUUUAUUUGCUUCUCUUCCAGAUCAGACUCGGGUUUGUCCAAGUUGCAUGGAAGGCACACUUAUUUUUAAAGUAAGUAGAUUUGGUGCUGGCUACUUUAUUGGUUGUGAUCAACAUCCAACGUGCAAGUACAUUGCUAAAACAUUAUAUGGUACAGAGGAGGAAGAGGAUGUACCUCAGCCAAACACUAGAGUAGAGGAGCCAAAACUACUAGGUGUUACCAGUGCUUCAAAUGAAAAGGUUCUUUUGAAAACUGGUCCUUAUGGCUUUUAUGUUCAGCUCGGAGAAGACAGGAAGGGAUACACACCCAAAAGAGCCUCUGUGUCUCAUGUCAAGGAUGUGGGUACUAUCACUCUUGAAGAUGCACUCGAGUUGCUGCAAUACCCAUUGACAUUGGGUAACCAUCCCAAGGAUGGACAACCUGUCAUAUUAAAGCUCGCAAGAGUUGGGUUUUCUGUUAGACAUCGGCGCACAAUUGCUUCUGUUCCUAAGAAUAUCAAGCCAACUGAUGUGACCCUGGAAAAAGCCCUUGAAUUUUUAUCCGGAAAAGACGUGAGACGGUCUGGUCGUCCAAAAGGCAAAUCUAAAACUCAAGAAGUUGAAGUCAUUGAAGCAUUUUAAGUUGGCCUAUAUUUAUAGCAUGAGUGCUGGUUUUUUCGUGAUUGGCUACGUUAACAUGUGCCUUUAUCUACUUGGAAUUUCCAACUAUUCUCCAACCAAAGAAUUUGUGAAUCCAGUCAAACACCAGUCCUGCAAGGUUCUUUUAUGCACCAAAUGUAUAUUUAUAAUUGAUUUAAGAAAUUUUGUAGUCUUUCUUUGGUUAUAUGUACAUUAGGCCAAUAUAUUAUUUAGUUUAGAGAAAAGAAUAUUUGUUAUUGCCAAUAUUGGUUGAACUUGAAUAAGCACUGAACGGUAAGUUUGUUUAUCAGCAAGGAUUGAUAUUCUUUUAUCUA